AUGAUUGAUGAAUACGAAGAGAUGACUAUUGCAUCAACUAGCAUUUACCAUAGUUUCUGGAGCGGGGACCCAGGACGAGGCUUCGACUUCGCCCUUGUAAAGCUCCCAUCCAACUCCAGUCAGCAGCCAAUCAAACUCAUUUCAGAUGACGUGGAUCUGGACCAAGAGGCGCCACUGAUGCUGGCGGGCUGGGGCCGGAUCCAGGGGAGUGGACCAUUUGCCCUGACUUUGCAGGUGGCGGAAGAUUUGCCAUUCAUUUCAAAGGAAAAUUGCGAGCAGACCCCAAUAGGAAGUGCAGCUGAGGACUUGCUUUGUGUUGGCGUUGGGAAGGCUGGCUCGUGUUCUGGUAAGUUGAAAAUUGCACUUAUAGUCUCCUUACUUUUGUGUUCAGUCUUCCAUCCCCUCCAUCGAGUUUGA